UUAUAAAGGGAAGGUUCAGGAAGGAAGGAGUGCCCCAGUCCCACGCACUCGAGAGUCGAGGGGGUCUGUCCCAUCCUUAUCUCCGCUAGCUAGCUCGCUAUAGGCCCCUGGUCUUUACUCUCCAGGCCAAACAGAAGCAGCUACUAGGCGAAGGACACAUCCGCAUUAUCCAUCGAUCGGCCUUGUCCUGUCCGCGGGUGGCGCCGGACGCCGGUGACAACCGACAGGGCAGCAAGCGUGGAUCAUCCGAGCGGAAGCGGAAGCGCUCCUCCUCCGGCUCCGGGGCACCGUCGCGACAGCAGAGGCCCGCCGCCAUCACCUCGUCCGCCGCCGCCGCCGCCGCCGCCGCCGGCGCAACAACGAGGUGACCACCAUGGGCAUGGAGAGCCGGAGGUCGUCGGGGAGGAGGCUGCUGGCGUUGGCGUUGCGACGACGAGCUACCAGCACCAGCAGUACGAGCUCGCCGUCAUGGUGGCGGCGCUCACCCACGUCAUCAGCUCCACUCGACCGGGACCGGCGGCCGCCGCCGGUGCAACCGCGCCCGGGCAGCAAGGUGCUGUAUACGUUGCUCGAUUUGUGCAUGCUGCAGCUUCCACACAGCUUUUUUUUUGGGGGUUCCUUUUGAUGUCCUUGGAAUCUUUGCGUGCUGAUCUAGAUGAUUCUACGCGAUCCGUGUGUGAUUCCGUAUAGAGAACUCUAGAUCGAUAAGGCGAACAGGGAAGCAGAAAAAAAAAAUGCAAAACGAAAGGAAGGGAAACGAGAUUUCGUACGCUCAGGAGGCACGUGUCGAGCUUUGUUUUGGAGAAGUUUAGACUUUGGAACUCGCCAACUGUAGAUCCCUGACAGCCAUUUGCGUCUGCAUUAUUGUCCAUGUGUCAGCCUACGUGGCAGGACAAUCUUUCAAGUUACAAUCAUCCUCCAACAUGGCAAAGAAAAAAACUAACUAAUGCUCCAUCAGCUCAAGUAUGAUACUAUAAAAGAUUUUAGAUUACUAUUUUAGUGAUCUAAAUGUUUUUAUAUUUCUUUACAGAGGGAAUACUCAACAAAAAUUUACUGGUUGAGCUUUAUAAAAAGAAACUGGGCAGUGGAUGCCUUUUGUUAAAAACUGUGACCCGCCAACACAGCGCUCCUCUGGCCGUGGCGGCGACGUCGUCGUCAUCAACGGCGUCGGAGCAGCAGCAGCAGCGUCCGCGGUACCGUGGCGUACGGCAGCGGCCGUGGGGCAAGUGGGCGGCGGAGAUCCGCGACCCCGUGAAGGCGGCGCGCGUAUGGCUGGGCACCUUCGACACGGCCGAGGACGCCGCACGCGCCUACGACGCCGCCGCGCUCCGCUUCAAGGGCGCCAAGGCCAAGCUCAACUUCCCUGGCGCCGGCGGUGCGCCUGCGCCACCCCGCCAUGCCGUCGGCCAGCUCCUGGCGCCCGGAGGCGGGGCAUCGCCGUCGAUGCGGCAGCAGCAGCGACCCGUGGUGGUGGCCUUCCGUCCGCAGAUUAACUCCCUGGCAGCCGUUGCUCGGGAGGAGUUCCCGGACCUCCACCGGUAUGCGCACAUACUGCAGAGCGGUGACGUGGACCUGCGGGCUGUUGCAGCCGGCGGGAACACACCGGGGCAGUCGUCUUCGUCGACGCCGGCGCACGACUCGAGGUCGCCGCCCCGGCCGGAUGAUCGCGGAUAUGGCGAGAGAAGUGCAGGCCCUGGCUGCUAACUGAGUAGUACUCUUACUGAAUACGUACUGAUCGACGUGUACAUGAGAAAAACAAGUUCUGUUUCUUUUCAUCUUUUUGUUUGCGUAUUUCCUUAUUUAUUUUUGGUAAAAUGAAUAGACACAACACUAGAAACAGCGUCUGUAGCAUGUGUACGUCGCAUGCCACUGUAUAUGUCAGCACUGAGCAGUGGUGAGGAACUCUCAGGAUUGUGGCCAAACUCGGAUAGGGUGCGUAGAACAAUACAGAACUCUGUACUGUAUGUGUGUCACCCUCAGGACGAAAUGCACGUAUAAAUAUACUUGUCGCGGUGAAUGCACGCACGGUUA